AUCGAAGGAACACUCUGGCAUAACGAACUUGGGGAUUCCAUUUCCGACAAGUUCUCGUCGACGAGACGCGGUUCGCCAAGAACCAGAGGAGGUGGCCACUUAUUUAACAUGGACUACCGGCUUGACAGUGUUCAGUCGUUCACCGACCAGAACAGUCAAUUCCACCGUCACAGUCAUUUCUUCGGCUAAUCGGCAUUUGCUUCGAUCCCACUGACAAUCGGAAAGUAUUCGGUAAAUCAGAAAUGCUACGGAAGUGUCCGGACAUCGCGCUGGCUUCUGCCCUUGUGCUCUCCCUUUUCUUCUACCAAGUUCUCGGUCACGAAGUCAAUGGAGAGGAAUAUGGUUACGAAGGAAAUCGCGGUCCCUCCUACUGGGGAAACGAUUACAACACAUGUGUGGGAAAGCAUCAGUCUCCCAUUGACAUAGAGGAACAUUACGUACGCAAUACAACUCUGCUGCCAUUAGAAUUUACUGGUCUGCAUGUACCUCGAGCCGCGAAACUAUCGAACAAUGGACACACAGUGAUCCUAAAAAUGGAGGACUCAAAUAACGUUCGCGUAUCGGGAGGACCUCUUGGACAUGAAACGUACGUUUUCGAGCAGCUACAUUUCCAUUGGGGUAAAAAUGAUCUGGAAGGCUCUGAAGAUCUUAUAAACAAUCAUUCGUUCGCCAUGGAGCUUCACGCAGUUUUUUAUAAGGAGGAGUAUGGCUCAAUGAACGAAGCUCUUAACUAUCCAGACGGUCUGACAGUGCUUGCGUACUUCUUCGAGGUUACCAAUCAUCCGAAUCCAACUUUUCAAACCCUCGUCCAAAGGCUACCGUUUAUAGAGGAAGUAGAUUCGACCGAUUUCUUGCCAGGCCCUUUGAUGCUUGAAUCAUUUUUGGCGCCGAAACCUUCUACAAUAGAAAAUUAUUUUACCUACAAUGGCUCCUUGACCACUCCGCCUUGCUCAGAAGUCGUCAUCUGGAUUGAUUUCAAGGACCCCUUCCUAUUGUCGCAUCAGCAGCUGGCUGCAUUUCGCAACGUACGCACAUCGAAUGGCUACAGAAUAACGCACAACUUCCGACCAAUUCAACCUCUCCAAGACAGAGUAGUCUAUCGCAAUAUUCCGCAUGUCGAAUACACUUCGGAUAUGAACCCUCAACACCAUCAUCAUCCUCAUCACGGGUAUUCCGGCCAGUUAAAUAUGUUCCCUUCAAUUCCUAUUGUAGUCGUGACAUUAUUUGUGAGCACACGGUAAUACUGUCCUCGUACAUUCUACUUAAAUGACCAAUUAUUUAGAUAAAUUUAUAAGUAUUGAUAAGAUAACGUGAUAAAGGGGUGUGCUAACCCAUAGGGAGAAGCACAACUUCAUGUCAUGCAUUUACGUUACAAGGAGAAUAGAAUAAUAGUGAACAUCUGGAAAAAAGGGUAAUACUAAAUAAUUAUACAUUAUAUUUAACUUAUUACAAGCAAAUAUUCUCGAUCUCUAUUUGCAAUUUAUUAGUUUUCUUUCCAUUUUAUGAGAAAACAUAACAAAAUUGUUCACUUUAUGGAUCAAAUAUGUAUCCUAGCAGUCAGGGAUGUCAUGUGUUUAUUCCAUCAGUAUUUAAUAUUAGCCAAUAAAAUUAUAUAUUUUGACAAUUA